UCAUGCAUCAUGUGGUGACGUUGAUAGCUGAAAGACACAGGGUACAUGCACUAAUCAGUCUCUGUCCUCUGUCCUGAUUGUUCGAGUGUUAAUGUGUCUUAGAUUCAAGGCUUGAUACAAAACUACAAUCGAGCCGGGGGAGCGGCUUGGCUUGGGGACCAAAUAGCGGGUACAAGUAGAAGAGGUAGAGGUACAAAACACGUGAGUCAGUGCCAGGACCAGGGGGGACAAGAUUCCUAAAGAUCUCGACACCUAAAAGAAAGAGCGCACUAAAUGGGUGAAGUUGGCUUCCCGGAUGGUUACUGAUGCUACUAUGGAAGAGGGAAAGGUUCCAAAACAUGGCUUUGAAUUUGCGAAAUCAUUUUCGGACGAACUUAGGCCCACGGCUUGCUGUUUCUCAAUAUUUAAAGGACAUACAACGAACAAUAAAGAUCACGACAAAGAUAUAUAUGCCCUUAUAAACGACUCGGAUGAUGAUUUUCAACAAGGGAUUUUUGAUAAACCUCUUCCUUGCUUUGGCUGUGGAGUAGGAUGGUUUUCGUUUUUAAUAGGGUUUGCAUUUCCAUUGAUGUGGUACUAUGCUACAUUUCUCUAUUUUGGAAACUGUUACCAAAGAGACCCUAGGGAACGCGCAGGUCUUGCUGCUUCUGCAAUUGCGGCAAUGGGAUUUUCACUUGCGCUGUUGAUCAUAGCAGCAAUUCUUGUAUUUUAGGUGCACAUUUUGACCCUUUGUAGAUAUAAGUCAAAGUUUAUGGUAUCGUCGUUGCUGAUGUGGGCCCAAGUGUGGAGGAGCGGGCCAUCUUGUAUUUGAAGGCUCAAGAUCGUGUAACAAAAGGGGCUUCACUAAAAUGGCUCUAACUUGGG